CAUAGGCGGCGGCGGCGGCGGCCCGUGCGGAGGUUUAUGUCUGACCGCGGUCUCUCGCAGCAGCAUGGCGGACUACCUGAUCAGCGGCGGUACCGGCUACGUGCCCGAGGACGGGCUCACCGCGCAGCAGCUCUUCGCCAGUGCAGACGGCCUCACCUAUAAUGACUUCCUGAUCCUGCCUGGCUUCAUAGACUUCAUAGCAGAUGAAGUGGACCUGACGUCAGCACUGACUCGGAAGAUCACACUGAAGACUCCGCUCACCUCCUCACCCAUGGACACUGUGACGGAGGCGGACAUGGCCAUUGCAAUGGCACUGAUGGGAGGUAUUGGUUUCAUCCACCAUAACUGCACCCCUGAAUUCCAGGCCAACGAGAAGUUUGAACAGGGCUUCAUCACAGAUCCUGUGGUGCUGAGCCCCUCACAUACUGUGGGCGACGUGCUGGAAGCCAAGAUCCGACAUGGCUUCUCCGGCAUCCCCAUCACGGAGACUGGCACCAUGGGCAGCAAGCUAGUGGGCAUUGUCACCUCCCGAGACAUCGACUUCCUCGCUGAGAAGGACCACACCACCCUCCUCAAUGAGGUGAUGACGCCACGGAACGAGUUGGUGGUAGCUCCAGCAGGUGUGACAUUGAAAGAGGCCAAUGAGAUUCUGCAGCGCAGUAAGAAAGGGAAGCUGCCCAUUGUCAAUGACCACGAUGAGCUUGUGGCCAUCAUUGCACGGACUGACCUGAAAAAGAACCGGGACUACCCUCUGGCUUCUAAGGACUCCCACAAGCAACUGCUGUGUGGGGCAGCUGUGGGCACCCGCGAGGAUGACAAGUACCGCCUGGAUCUGCUCACCCAGGCGGGCACCGAUGUCAUAGUGCUGGACUCCUCCCAGGGGAACUCGGUGUAUCAGAUUGCCAUGGUUCAUUACAUCAAGCAGAAGUACCCUCACCUCCAAGUGAUUGGUGGAAAUGUGGUGACAGCUGCUCAGGCCAAGAACCUGAUUGACGCGGGUGUGGACGGGCUACGUGUGGGCAUGGGCUGUGGCUCCAUCUGCAUUACCCAAGAAGUGAUGGCCUGUGGCCGGCCCCAGGGCACUGCCGUGUAUAAGGUGGCCGAGUAUGCCCGGCGUUUUGGUGUGCCUAUCAUAGCUGAUGGCGGUAUCCAGACCGUGGGCCAUGUGGUCAAAGCCCUGGCCCUUGGCGCCUCCACAGUGAUGAUGGGGUCCCUGCUGGCUGCCACCACAGAGGCUCCCGGGGAAUACUUCUUCUCAGAUGGAGUGCGGCUCAAGAAGUACCGGGGCAUGGGCUCCCUGGACGCCAUGGAGAAGAGCAGCAGCAGCCAGAAGCGAUACUUCAGCGAGGGGGACAAGGUGAAGAUUGCGCAAGGUGUCUCGGGCUCUAUCCAGGAUAAAGGCUCUAUCCAGAAGUUUGUGCCCUACCUCAUCGCAGGCAUUCAGCAUGGCUGCCAGGACAUCGGCGCGCGGAGCCUGUCUAUCCUGCGAUCCAUGAUGUACUCAGGAGAGCUCAAGUUUGAGAAGCGGACCAUGUCGGCUCAGAUUGAGGGCGGUGUCCACGGUCUGCACUCUUAUGAGAAGCGGCUGUACUGAGGACAGCGGUGGAGGCCGAGGCGGCGGAGGGGGUGUGUCUCCCGGCCCUCCUUUGGGUCCAGCCUCCCUCCAUAGCUGAGCGGCCCACAGAUUUGCACUACAGGUUCCCCAGCUCCUGUCCAGGGAGAGAGGCGGGGA